AUGCAAGGUUCAGUUCCAUUGACACAAUGGGCAGGGCAUGCUUGGGAGUACUUCCGAACGGCAGAGCUUUCAACUUACGAUGGGGUAGUGUGUGUUGGUGGUGACGGCAUUGUGCAUGAAGUUGUGAAUGGAUUAUUAGAGAAGUUGCAUGGGAAUGUUGGAAUUGAUUUGGUUGAUGGCACAUUACCUGAGAAAUUCAAUGCCCUUCCACUUAACAUACGAGUUGGUAUCAUUCCUGCUGGUUCUACAGAGGUGAUUGUUUAUUCAGCUCAAGGUGUAAACGAUCCUGUAACAUCGGCUAUGCACAUCAUUUUCGGUAAUACCAUAUCACUUGACAUUUGUUCUCUGUGGAGUGACAACAAACACAUCAGAUUCACUUUUUCAUUGGCCUAUGGAUUCUUGGGCGAUGUCCUGAAGACAAGUGAGCAACAUCGCUGGAUGGGUCCCAAGAGGUACAAAUGGGGUGCUGCCCGAAGGCUGUGGAAAUUGAGGUCAUAUGAUGUGGAAGUGAGUUAUCUACCAAGUUCUUUUCCUGAACACCAUCCAAGAGAUAACACUAGGUGUAGAAUAGGGUGUGAGGUGUGUAAUAAAGAAGAUGAUGGUAGCGAUAAUGAACAAAACCAAGGUACAGACUGGAAAUCAUUUCACUCUCGUGUUGUCGGAGUGAAUUUUUACACUCUUCCCAACAUAUGUGAAAUAUCACCAGAUGGUCCUUCACCCAGCUGUCAUUUGGGAGAUGGUUUCACCGACCUUGUCAUCGUUAAAGAAUGCUCAAGACUUCAAAUGCACUCACAUAUACAACGGAACUUUAAUUCUAAAGACCAGUUUGCACUUGAUUUUGUUGAAACACACCGCAUCAAAGAAUGCCAUGUAAGUGCCUAUCGCAAGAGUGGGCGUCCUGUGCAUGGUACUGAUAGUCCCUUACUCAGUAGUUACCAGGCACGACCAAACUCUAAGGACAGGCCAGUAGGUGUAUGGAAUGUUGACGGUGAAGUUCUCAGACAGGCAUCUUUAUCACUCAGGGUGCACAGACAAAUUGUCACCUUGUUUGGAAGUGGCAUUGAGGAUGUUACCAGACAAAAAUGUUGCUUCCUCAAAUAACUAAAAUAAUAUGAAGAUGUUCUCUCAUUUUGUUUCGUCUUAGCCACAAUUUAUUAUCUUUCAACUUGCCUCCUUUCUGCUUUCGGCCGCUAUUUUAACAAUCGAAAUUACCUCGUGAGGUAGUCCAAUCGUAAUCAGAAUAAACAUGUUUCGAUCAUGAUUUGCACAAUGCACUACUUGAUCAAUGUGAACAGUAUUUGCAGUGAAGCAUGUUUCAUUUGUGACCAGACUAAACUCUUUUAGGUCUAGUGUGAACAUAACAUUAGAUUUCGAGCAGGCUCCCUUUUCUUAGACCGACCAGUGUGAUGUUAGCCUCCUACGCAGACGCUCUUUGAGCUCGCACGAAACCUACCGCCUCGUGCGGGAGGAGGAUUGCGUGACGAGCCCAAAGAGCAUCUACGCGGGAGGCUAGUGUGAUGUAGACGACGAGUAGUCCCUCUUUCACAUAGUCCAUCGUGCGUGACGCGAAAGAAAACCGCGAGAAAACAAAAUUAAUGCGGCCACUUUUUCCUCGCGGUUUAUUUACGGUGUCGCUCGACAGACAAAGCGAAAAAGGGGCUACCCGUAGACUAAGUUGUGAUGUGACGCCCUCGCAAGUCCCAAUUUUUUCUGUCACGCAUUCUUUUGCAUCUCGCGUGAUGGACUAAGAAAACUAGAGGGGGAGUGCUGCUGGAAGUCAGCGGGAGGGAGGAUGCAGUGUUUGUCCAUAUUUAAAUGCAAUCGAGAUCCUUCAGGUUUCUUGUAGUUUUAUUAACUUUAUAACUAAAAUCUGUUUUUGUAAUGUAUUCAUUUAUUUUUGUUUGUUUACUUUUUUGUUUUAUUUAUUCGACCACAGAGUGGCAAGAUUCUUAUGCAAAGUAUAUGGAUUGAUCUAUGAUGCAAACGGAAUUAAAUUUUAUUUUGUAUUUCUA